CCGGAAGUUCCGCGGGGACCGUUUCGGGAACGGACGUGGGACUGCAGUCCCUGUCCGCAAGGUGAUCUCCGCCUUACCUCAGAAUCCGGAUACCCCGGACCUAACGUAGCAGCAAAAUAAGUUCCAAGGCUGACAGGUCUUACAUUCAGACGUUUCCACCAACGCACCAACAUCUUUUUUCAGAUUCCAUGACGAGAUCCUAGCUGCGAAAGAACACCGAAUUGGGAGUCAGACAGCCUGGGUUCUAGGCCUGACUGUCAUUAAUUGGUGGUAUGACAUUGGAGAAAUCUUUCUGACCUCUCUGGACUCCCCGUUUUCCUUUUCUAUAAAAUGAGGAGCGUGGAAUAAGUAGUAAGUGAGGGGAAACAUGAACCAGAAGAUACUGAAAUUGGAGAACUUGAUACGAUUUCACACUGUCUUUAGGCAGCUGCACGGCCUGUGUCAAAGAAGAAUGUUAGCACAGUGGAGUCCUGUGUUUUCAUCUGCUUACCCAGUGGGGAUAGCUCAGCUCUGCAUCCGACCCUGGCAAAUAGACCCAUUCGUUGGCGCGGCUCUAUCUCAAUAUAGGCUUCUAGUAACAAAGAAGGAAGAAAGAGCACAGAAAUCUCCAUUGUCCUCACCAAAAUUCAAAAAGGAAGUGGAGGUAUGGAUUGGAAUGACUGUUGAGGAACUGGCCAGAGCAAUGGAAAAAGACAUAGAUUGUGUAUAUGAAGCUUUAAUGAACACUGCUUUUGACAUAGAUUCACUCGAAGCACACUCACAUUUAGAUGAAGUCUGGAUCAAAGAAGUGGUAAAGAAGGCGGGGAUGAAGUUAAAAUGGAGCAAAUUAAAACAGGACAAAGUCAGAGAAAAUAAAGAUGCUGUAAGAAGGCCUCAGGCAGAUCCAGCUUUAUUAACCCCAAGGUCCCCAGUUGUUACUGUAAUGGGCCAUGUUGAUCAUGGGAAAACGACGUUACUCGACAAACUGCGAAAAACUCAAGUGGCAGCAAUGGAAGCUGGAGGCAUCACUCAGCACAUUGGUGCCUUUCUUGUGUCUCUGCCUUCUGGGGAAAGGAUCACCUUUCUUGAUACUCCAGGACAUGCUGCUUUCUCAGCAAUGAGGGCCAGAGGUGCUCAGGUCACUGACAUUGUCAUAUUGGUCGUAGCUGCAGAUGAUGGAGUGAUGAAACAAACUGUAGAAUCUAUUAAGCAUGCCAAAGAUGCUCAAGUUCCUAUCGUCCUUGCUAUAAACAAAUGUGACAAAACUGAGGCUGAUCCUGAAAAAGUGAAAAAAGAACUGCUAGCUCAUGAUGUAGUGUGUGAGGAUUAUGGAGGUGACGUUCAAGCAGUGCACAUCUCUGCACUCACGGGCGAUAAUCUGAUGGCUUUGGCAGAGGCAACAAUUGCUCUGGCAGAAAUGUUAGAACUGAAGGCAGACCUCAAUGGUCCAGUAGAAGGAACAGUAAUAGAAUCUUUCACGGACAAAGGAAGAGGGCCUGUUACUACAGCUAUAACUCAAAGAGGAACUUUGAGGAGAGGCUCCAUUCUGGUUGCUGGAAAGAGUUGGGCAAAAGUACGCUUAAUGUUUGAUGAGAAUGGAAGAACAAUCCAUGAGGCCUGUCCCAGCAUGCCAGUGGGAAUUGUAGGCUGGAGAGACCUCCCUUCUGCAGGAGAUGAAAUCCUUGAAGUAGAAUCUGAGCAUAGGGCACGUGAAGUUGUUGACUGGCGGAAGUAUGAGCAAGAACAGGAGAAAAACAAAGAGAAUCUGAAAAUAAUAGAAGAAAAGCGAAAGGAACACCAAGAAGCACAUCGGAAAGCCCGUGAGAAAUAUGGCACUUUGCAUUGGAAGGAGAGAUCAUUUCUAAAGUACCAAGAAAAAAAAGAACAAAAACCCUUAAGGACAAAAGAGAAAGAAGAAAAGGAUUCAAAUGUACUUCCUAUAAUUAUUAAAGGUGAUGUUGAUGGUUCUGUUGAGGCCAUUGUGAACAUUAUGGAUACCUAUGAUGCUUCACAUGAGUGUGAACUUGAAUUAGUACAUUUUGGUGUGGGUGAUGUCAGUGAAAAUGAUGUUAACCUUGCUGAAACAUUUCAUGGUGUUAUAUAUGGCUUCAAUGUGAAUGCAGGCAAUGUUAUCCAGAAGUCUGCUACAAAAAAAGGAGUAAAAAUUAAACUUCACAAAAUCAUUUACCGCCUAAUUGAAGAUUUGCAGGAAGAACUGAGCAGCAGAUUGCCUUGCAUUGUGGAAGAGCAUCCAAUUGGUGAGGCUUGUAUACUAGCUACCUUCUCUGUAACAGAAGGGAAGAAAAAAGUUCCUGUGGCUGGCUGCAGAGUCCAAAAGGGUCAGUUAGAAAAACAGAAAAAAUUUAAAUUAAUCCGUAAUGGACAUGUUAUUUGGAAGGGCUCAUUAACCUCAUUGAAACACCAUAAAGAUGACAUUUCAGUCAUCAAAACUGGAAUGGACUGUGGUCUCAGUUUGGAUGAAGAAAAGGUAGAAUUUAAAGUGGGAGAUGAAAUUGUUUGUUAUGAAGAAAAAGAAGUUCCAGCUAAGACUUCUUGGAAUCCAGGAUUUUAAAAUUACAUUAAAAAUGUAAACAAUUAAUGGGGUGCCUGGCUGGCUCAGUGGGUAGAGUUUGUGACUCUUGAUCUCAGGGUCUGAAGUUUGAACCCUAUGUUGGGUGCAGAGAUUAUUUUAAAAAAUAAAUUUAAAAACAAGUAUCUUGCUUUAUUAUAGAACGACUAGUUAUGCUUUAGUGAAGGGAAGAAUUCACUUCUGGCCAAAAAAUACCCAAGUAGCUAUACCAGGUGUUAACAUGGAUAACUUGUCAAAAUGCUACAGAGAUAGGAAACGUUAUUUAAGGAUGCCUCCAAGUAGAAAUCCUGUUAAGAAUGGUAUGACAUGGUAAAAGGGAAUUGUUCAUUAUCAGUGCCAUUGAGUGUAGUAAGUCCGUUGCAUGUUUUCGUUGAGUGGUAUCAAAACAAGCAAAACUCCCUCAAUUUAGCUUAUGGG